UCAGUUGGUUAACAUCGAGCGGUGUGAACAGUCGUGCAUACUCGAUGAGACUCAUUAAGAUUUUCGUCAUUAGGCAGAUAAAAAAUAUAAAAAAUAAAAAAUAGAAAAAUAUGAAGUGCUUAGUUAUAUUUGGACUGAUUGUGGCCAUACUUGCUAGCAUUGCGGGCUAUGGUUAUCUAUUGUUCACAGACCUGACACGUCCGCUGCCCCGGCCGGAGUUUAAAGACGACACGUAUUGGGGACCUGGAGAUGGCAAGAACUAUAAGCCCGAUACGAAAAUCUAUGAUUUUGUUGUGGAUGUGCCACAAGCGGAAAUCGAUGACUUGCGACAACAGCUAAAUCGCACCUUAAAGCUAACCGAACCACUCGACGGCAUUGCCUUUGAGUAUGGAUUUAAUACAAAUGCCUUGGCGCAGUUUGUCGAAUACUGGCGAGAGAAAUACCUCACCAAAUGGGAUGAAAGGCAAAACUAUCUUAACUCACUGAAGCAAUACAAAACCGAGAUACAGGGCUUAAAGAUUCACUAUAUACACGAGCGUGUGUCUGAGGAGGUGGCUGCCAAGAAGAAUGUCUAUCCGUUGCUGCUGCUCCACGGCUGGCCUGGAUCGGUGCGGGAAUUUUAUGAUUUUAUACCCAUGCUGGUUAAAGAUCAAAACAUAACUGAUAAUGCCUUUGAAGUGGUUGCGCCUUCUCUUGUUGGCUACGGCUGGUCGGAUGCCGCCACACGUGUGGGCUUCAAUGCCGCUGAAAUGGCCACUGUCAUGCGUAAUCUGAUGUUGAGAUUGGGCCACAAGAAAUUCUUCAUUCAGGGCGGCGACUGGGGCAGCAUUAUUGGCAGCAAUCUGGCCACACUCUAUCCGGAUAAUGUGCUCGGCUACCAUUCCAAUAUGUGCAUUAUGAACACUCCACUGUCCAUUCUCAAGGGUAUCUACACCCAUUAUUAUCCGGAUAAGGUACUCAAGUCACGCAUGUUCCACGAUCAUCAUGUGGGCAUUUGGGAGCAGUAUCAGGAGCUGUUGGUUGAGAGCGGAUAUUUCCACAUACAGGCCACCAAGCCGGAUACCAUCGGAGCUGCACUCAGCUCCAGUCCCGUGGCACUGGCUGCCUAUAUACUCGAAAAGUUCCAGACCUGCACGAGUCCCAGCUUAAAGCAGGACUUCGGUGCCAUGGUCACGAUCUUUGGUCUGGAGGCUGUGCUCGAUAAUCUAAUGAUCUAUUAUCUGAAUAAUGCGGCAACGACUGCUGCACGUUUCUAUGCAGAGAAUACGUCGAAGACCUAUCGGGAUCUUCAGCUGGAACGUGUGCAAACUGAUGUUCCCAUGGGUUGUUGUCGCUUUAGGUUUGAUUUACCCGCUGCAUCCGAAUGGCAGCUGAAGGACAAAUUCACCAAUAUAAAGCAUAGCAUGUAUUUCCAGCAUGGCAGUCAUUUUGCUGCCAUGGAAAUGCCAUCCAUGUUGUAUAAUGAUUUUACGACAUUUGUUCAAAAAGUUGGACUACAAACUGAAUGAAACUGAAUAAAUUUGUUUAAAAAGUAACAAACUAUAA